AUGUUUGAAAAUAAGCCACUAACAAACAUGCAAGAUAUUAACUCUGGAAAAGAUUAUUUAGCGAGUAAGAAGGAAGGAAUGAUGUUAUCGGAGAAGGAAUUUAUCAGUGAUGAUAUUGAAAUUAAUGAUAACACAAAAGCUACUUCUUCAAAAACACUUUUCAAUAUUUCAUCACCUUCGUUUAGGAAGAGAUUGGAACUGGGAGAGGAUGUACAUGUGCCAUUCUCCAAUAAUUUUAAUAAUAAUGUAAAUAAUUCAAACAAUAUUGAAAAACAACAAACGGAAACAAGUUCAUCAUCAACUACAACAACACCGAGACCAUCAUUCAUCAAAGCACCAUCAUUACCUUCAUUAUCUUUUCCUAUUAAGAAAAGUUCAUCAGUUUCUGAUGAUGUUAAAGAGAUUGAAUCCAAAUUGAAUGCUAAUUGCAAGAAUGGUGUGGAAAGGGCAAUAAUGAUGACAAGCAAAACCUCUAAAAUUUCAAAUCAAUUUACAAAAGCAAUUCGUAUUGAUAAUUGUAAACAUGUGGAAACGCUUGGAACGCCAAAUAAGUAUGGAAAGCCUGCACGAGGACUCAACAACAAAUUCUUCUUCAAUAUUCCGAUGGAUAUUACUAUUUCAUACAGGCACGAAACAAUUUAUGUUUGCGACUACAAAAAUUACAAAAUUCAAACAUUUGAUUUGGCUACCAAACAAUUUAUCACUUCAAUUUCGACAAUUCCGACGUGCUUUAUCUACAUUCAAGUGGACGAUCAAUUUGAUCAAUUAUUUGGAUUAGGAUUUGAUCGUUCCUUAUAUGUGGGAAAAUUUGAGAAACCAAGUAAGGGAAGAGGUGGAUUAAGUUUUGCAAGUUUGGAACGAUUGAAAAUGUCAGUAAUGGAAGAAUGUGGUCAAUUUUCAAAGAUUUGUUUGGAUAGAGAAAUGGGGAGAUUAUACUUUAUGGAAAAUUCAAGGCAAUUCAGAAUUGGAGUAUUGAGAACGAUGGAUUUGAGUAUUGUAAAUUUGAUGCAAGUUGAUUUUGAUGAACAAGAUCCAAGUGAUGGGGACAAAAUAUUGUAUUUGGAUGGAAGAGGCAAUUUAUGUAUUCUUUCGUUCCCUCUUGUUAAAAGCAUUCCCUUGUCAAUUGUGAAUUCAAGGAAACAAGCUCACUUUGGCCAAUUUGAAACAUUAUUGAGUUUACAGAAAAGAUUUCCAAUGUGUUCAAGAUAG